AUGAUCGAGGAGGGGAAAACGGAGACGAUUCGAGAAGAAGGAAACGAUUCUCAGAAAGUUCAACUGGAUCUAGAAGACGAAGAAAAAGAGUCUUCGACAAGUGAACAACAAAAGGACAUCGGCUUAAAGCGAGGAUCUACGGGAGGAAAGGAGAAAGAAAUUGAACGAGCCGACGACACGCCAAUGAAUGUUGGGUACAAGAUUGUUGACGGCAUCCGUUAUUUGGAUCCGUAUUGGGCACCGUGGAGAACACGAACGAAAGGUCGAUGGAUCGGGAGGAAACUCGUCGAAUGCUUUGCUCAGGAAUUUCUCUCGGCCAACAAACAUUAUGCGGUAGUUGCGGCGAAACUUGGACGAAUGUACGUGAAUGGAAAACAAAUCACUGACACGGAUUAUGUGCUAAAAAAUGGAGAUUCAAUCGAACAUUGGGGACACCGACACGAACACCCAAUCCUCGAUUGUCAAAUCAAAUUUGUUGCUGAUACGGAGGACCUUUUGGUGGUGGACAAGCCGGCCUCACUCCCCGUUCAUUCAUGUGGUCAAUAUUCACUGCACACGGUUCUCGGAAUGCUCCGCACCCAACACAAUAUUACAGGAUUACGGGUACUUCAUCGUCUUGAUCGCACUACAUCGGGCAUUUUGAUGUUUGCAAAGAAUUACAGAACGGAUUUGGAGUUUAAAGAAACGCUAAAGAAAGGUCAUUGGGUGAAGGAAUACGUAUGCAAAGUAGAUGGUGUGUUCCCAGAAGAAGAAAUCCCCCUGCAACCAGCCAAUUGGAACGUUGGUGAUGGAAAGACCUCAGUUUUGAAAGCCGUGAUUGAUACGGGACGAACCCAUCAAAUUCGCGUGCAUGCUCAAUUUUUAGGCCAUCCCAUUGUGGGUGAUCAGAUCUACAACUCGGACGCGUGGGGCCCGACGAGAGGCAAAGAUGCUGACUAUCAAAAGAACUACGAAGAGCUUGGUGUGAUCAUUCGCGACAGGCACAAAAUGGAGAAUUGGCUCGAAGAAGUGCUUCCCGGAUACGAAGAAAUGAUGGAAAGAAUGGCGACUGGAGAGGUUACACCGGAGCCACCGUUUAUCCCGCGUGAGCAACGACCCGAAAAAGAUUCCGUGUGCUUGAGUUGCAAUGUCAUCAAGAAACCGCCUUCAAGAGCACAUUUUUCGUUAAAUUUACAUUGUUUAAAAUAUGAGACGGAGAAAUGGAGCUACGAGACGGAACUUCCCGAUUGGGCAAUUGAACCGCACAAAAUAUCAAAUGAAGCGGAUUCU